UCAACGUUGUGGAGUGAAGUCUAUGAGGAAGUCACUGCCAGGAAAAAUAAAAACUCCUCCUCCUUCAAAAAAAAAAAGCCCACAGAGAGACAUUUUCAAUCAUCUUUACUGAGCCUCACACGUGCCACACAAGGAGAGUUUAAGGUUUGGCCAUUGUUUCCUACUGAAAGAUUGAAGUCCAUCACUUCCAUCAGCAGCAUGACUCUGACAGUGUCUCAGGGUGAAGGACUGACGGUCAUCACCGUCACCUCAAACCCAAAGAGCAAAUGGCCCGUACUGUGUCAGAUUCUGGGUUUUCUCUGCUACAGUCCAGUGUGUUUCGUGUCUCAAGGAAUGAAAGGGAAGCUGAAAGAUGUCCACACAGCUCUUGGAAUUGUGCAGAUGAUAAUUGGUGUCCUCAAUAUUGUGGCUGGGAUUGUGCUUCAAUGCCUCGGGUCAUGGUUUACCAUGGGAAGAAUAGCCCAGGGACCCUUUUGGCUCGGAAGUAUGUUCCUUGUAGUUGGAAUUGUGUGCAUUCUUACAGCGAAGUUUCCCUCUUCUUGUCUGCUGAUAAUCGGGAUCAUUUUAAAUGUAGUCGGUGCUGCAUUGGCUAUCACAGCUGUUGUGCUGUAUUCAGUGGACCUUGCGAAUGAUCAUAUAUAUGAAAACUGUGAAACCAGCAGUUAUCAAUAUUCACGCUAUAAGGGAUAUGGUUAUCAUUACGACACGCCUUCCCCUGAAGAUACUAGGAGAAAAGAGAUGUGUCUGUACUACAAGAAUCUCAAUGAGAUGAUCCUCGGAGGACUAGAUAUCAUGAUGAUAGUGCUGUCGGUCCUUCAGAUCUGUGUGACCAUCAGUUUCUGUGUUGUGACUGGGAAAGCUUUGCGCAAAGAGGAUGAAGAUGUAAAGUCGGUGGAGGAUCCAGAACUUCACAAGCCGCUCCUGGAAGAUGUUACUGCUGGUGCUGUGUGACAAGAUAAACACACAUAAUAAUCAAACAGACUCUUUGUGCUUGUAAUCUAGUGGCAUUUUGUGUCUCAGUAUUGUAGUGAAAUGAUUUUAAGCAAAUCUCUCUACAUCCGCAACACCAUUAAAUUGCAUGUUGAUUUACACUUGUUUUUUUCCUUUUACAAAAAUGUCAUCGUUUAUCUUUCUCAUCGUGUAGAUUAGUGGGUGUCACCUUUAAUUAUCUUUUUAAAUUUAGUUGUGAUCUUUGGGACUGCUUGUUUAAAAAUAAAUGACUUCAGCACUUUGGCAUCAA